AUGCUUUUUGCUGAGUUCUUUAUCAGUACAACUGUUUUUUACUUAUUUGAGACGCAUCAUUUGCCGUUUAUCAGUGCAUCUGUUGGCCACUGUCGCUUAUCAACGACCCCUUUGCUGCUUAAAAGUACUGCUAUUGGCAGUAGCGACAAUAGCAGUAACAACAAGAACAGGAUGCUCUUCAACAUCAACAGAUUUCAUUUAUUUGUGCUACUUACCUGGCAAUUUAGUAUUUUCUUUGCCUCACAAAUGAUUUUUCCAAUCUUCUCGAACUAUGUACCACCGUGGCGUUGCAACGCAAACCAAUCCUUUUCCAGCAACUGUACUAUCUUUAUGUCCUGUAAGGAUUCAGUCCAGUUCGAUGAGGAUUUCAUUCGGCAGCUCUCGAAUAUGGUUGGAUUUGCGGCGCAUCCGCCUACUGGGCAUCGCUUUACAGCCAGAUACAGUUCCUGGGUGUUCUUUUGGGCACCAUACUUUUCGGUACAUUAUCUGACACAUUCGGCCGUCGUCCUGCUGCAUUAA